GUGGAGAGAGAGAGAGAGAGAGAGAGAUUCAUGCGAAAUGGAAAAAGGAAAAAGCUCAAAGCUGUGAAAAUGUAAUGAAGGAUAAUAAGUUGCAGAGAGUAACAGAGAGAGAGAGAUGAUAUGUCUCGGCAGAGUCUUGUAAAAGAUGCAUGGAUUAGAGAAGCUGAAGAGGCUUCAAGUUUGGUGGAAGAUUUGGAGGCCAAGACCAAGAACAAGUACCCUGACCAAUUGACCCUCAGAGAAAUUGCUCGAUCCAAGCUUCUGGAGCUUGGAGUGAAACUUGAUCGCCUCGAAUCACUCCUCCACAACCCGCCCUCAAAACCCAUCUUAACUAAAGAAGAUGUGGAUUUUCGUUGGAAAAUGCUCUCAGAUAUCCAGCUAAGGACAAGAACGUUGGCUCUCAGUUUCUUUGUGCUAGGAAGAUCAGAAAGACUUCCUGAAGAUACCAAAGAACACAACAAAAAUGCAAACAGAUGUGACCAAGAUGAAGUGAAGCUUUCGUUCUCUAAAGAUGACCAAGAGCUGCUGAAACCUCUUCUUAUUAAACCGUCCAAUUCUUAUACUCCGAUGAGCUUGCAUUGGAAGACUUGCCGGGGCAUUUCUGUGGUCUUAGGGGUGACUGCAUGUCUGUUCAUCUUAGUUUUCCUAUUUGUACACACAUAAUCAUCAUAACUUGAUCUAAGUAUUUGAUGUUGUGAUGGUUUAUCCAUGCAAUUUGGAGCAGUAUUUUCUCUGCCUUUUUCUUUUUUUAAGUGAAGAUUGUACAAAUCUAUUAAUUUCAGAACAAGGAUACAUCUUCUGCAAUGUAAAAUUAAGUACAGUUACAUUACAAAUAAGGAUUCUUACUCAAACCCAUCA